GCGCGCGCGCGCUCUGCCUUCCUCACCUUUUCGGAAAAGCAGCUCUUCCCGCGACGAAACAUCGGCAGCCCGAACGGCAGGAGGAGGAAUUCACUGCGAAUAAAAGCCGUUCUGACUCACAGCACGGAGGAGCCGUCUCCCUCCACACGCUGCCGUUGUUUUUGUUUUUUAAUACAAACACACACACACACACACACACACACAUAUAUAUAUAUAUACACACACACAGGUCUUUUGCUGUGUGUUUUCUUUAACCACAGUUACCACAGAGGACAGGUUGCCGUUAGCUGGCCGGUGCCGGUCCCGGUGGCCCCCCACCUCACCGGUCUUCCACUUUGUCUGCAUCCUUCUCUUGACUUUUAAAAGAACUGGAAGUGACUCCGACUUCUUUACACGACAGACAGAGAGAGAGCGCGCGAGAGGUAACGGCUAACUCCGUGUGUCCGUCCGCCUCUCAGUGGCGUUAUCUGAGCAUGCACCGCAUCCUCGCGUCUCUUCUUACCGGAGAAGCUACUUCUGCCUCCUCCUCCUCCUCCUCAUCCGUCCGCUCCGACACACACUUCUGAAACUCGUCCACAGCAGGUGCAGACCCUGAAGAUGAGCGUCUUUGGGGUGAAUUCUCACGCACUGUUGUGACUUCGGCCACGUUCGAGCAAGCAUGAGGAGCGCGCCUGAGCUGAGCACAAUGAUCUGGUCAGUGUGGAGUCUCCCAAGCCUUCUCUGUCUGAUGUUCACUUUGGCUGCUCUACAGUGCACUGAAGGCUUUAGUCGGGCAGCACUGCCGUUCGGUUUGGUCAGACGGGAACUGUCCUGCGAGGGCUACCCAAUUGACCUGCGCUGUCCAGGAAGUGAUGUCAUCAUGAUCGAGAGCGCUAAUUACGGGCGCACAGAUGACAAGAUCUGCGAUGCCGACCCAUUCCAGAUGGAAAAUAUCAACUGCUACCUCCCUGAUGCCUACAAGAUAAUGUCCCAAAGGUGCAAUAAUCGAACCCAGUGUAUUGUCAUUACGGGAACGGAUGUCUUCCCUGACCCUUGCCCAGGAACGUAUAAAUACCUUGAGGUCCAGUAUGAAUGUGUCCCUUAUAUUUUUGUUUGUCCUGGAACUCUGAAAGCUGUCGGAGAUCCUUCCUUUCUGUAUGAGGCGGAGCAGCAAGCUGGCGCCUGGUGCAAAGACCCUCUUCAAGCAGGCGACAAAGUUUAUUUCAUGCCCUGGACUCCGUACCGCACGGACACACUGAUCGAGUAUUCGUCGCUCGACGAUUUCCAGAACUCCAAACAAACCCUGACAUACAAACUUCCUCACCGGGUGGACGGCACCGGAUUCGUGGUGUACGACGGCGCCGUGUUCUUCAACAAGGAGAGAACACGCAACAUCGUGAAGUUUGACUUGCGUACGCGCAUCAAGAGCGGCGAGGCCAUCAUCAACAAUGCCAACUACCAUGACACGUCACCGUACAAGUGGGGCGGCAAGACAGACAUCGACCUGGCCGUGGACGAGAACGGCCUGUGGGUGAUUUAUGCCACCGAGCAGAACAACGGCAUGAUGGUGCUGAGCCAGCUGAACCCAUACACGCUGCGCUUCGAGGCGACAUGGGAGACGACGUACGACAAGCGCUCGGCCUCCAACGCCUUCAUGAUCUGCGGCGUGCUGUACGUGGUAAGGUCCACGUACGAGGACAAUGAGAGCGAAGUUAGCAAAGGCGUCAUCGACUACAUGUACAACACCAAGCAGGGCCGCGGUGAGUACGUGGACAUUCACUUCCCCAACCAGUACCAGUACAUCACCGCCGUGGAGUACAACCCCAGGGACAACCAGCUCUACGUGUGGAAUAACUUUUACGUCCUGCGCUACAACCUGGUUUUUGGACCACCGGAUCCAGCUCACGCCCCGCCUAUCUCAGAUGCCACCUCAGUGCCAGCGCCACCCCGAAUGACAACCACUACAAUGACAACAACAACAGCACAGCACAGAGGCCUAACAACAACCAUAAACACUACAGGGACCAGGGUCGUCAACAAGCCCCCUAAACCCCCAGUGGCUCCGUCCCGAACCACCACGCCUCCGUCCCUGGAGUCGUUCCCUUUGCCCAAACGCUUCUGUGACAGUGUGGAGCGAAGGGACAUCCUGUGGCCUCAGACACAGAGGGGCAUGCUGGUUGAGCGACCAUGUCCCACAGGAACCAGAGGCACCGCCUCCUACCUGUGCGUCCUCUCCACCGGGGCCUGGCACCCAAAAGGCCCCGAUCUAAGCAACUGCACCUCUCACUGGGUCAAUCAAGUGGCUCAGAAGAUCCGGAGCGGGGAGAAUGCGGCCAACCUGGCCAACGAGCUAGCUAAGCACACCAAAGGACCCAUCUUCCCCGGCGACAUCAGCUCUACCAUGAGGCUCAUGGAGCAGCUGGUGGACAUCCUGGAUGCCCAGCUGCAGGAGCUGAAGCCAAAAGAAAAGGACUCAACCGGACGGAGCUUCAACAAGCUUCAAAAGCGAGAGCGGACAUGCAGGGCAUAUAUGAAGGCUAUCGUGGAUACCGUGGACAACCUGCUUCGUCCAGAAGCACUGAAGUCUUGGAGAGGCAUGAACAUCACGGAGCAGACUCAUGCUGCCACCAUGUUACUGGACACUCUCGAGGAAGGAGCCUUUGUCCUCGCUGACAAUCUAAUGGAACCAGCAAUCGUGAAAGUGCCAGCUAGCAAUAUAAUCCUGGACGUGUAUGUGCUGAGCACAGAUGGCCAGGUGCAGGACUUCAAGUUUCCCCAAAGCAGCAAGGGUGGUAUAUCUAUCCAGCUGACAGCCAAUACGGUCAAACUGAACAGUCGGAAUGGUGUUGCCAAGUUGGUGUUUGCUCUGUACAAAAACCUGGGCCAGUUCCUGAGCACAGAGAAUGCAACAAUCAAACUGGGCAGCGAGGCGAACGGCCACAACCUAACCGUGGCUGUAAACUCAGAUGUCAUCGCUGCCUCGAUCAACAAGGAAUCCAGUCGAGUCUAUAUAACCGAGCCAGUGAUUUUUACCCUGGAACACAUCGAUAUGCAACACUAUUUCAACUCAAACUGCUCCUUUUGGAAUUACUCAGAAAGGAGCAUGAUGGGAUACUGGUCCACUCAAGGCUGCAAGCUGGUUAAGUCUAACAAAACCCACACGACCUGCUCGUGCAGCCAUUUGACAAAUUUCGCUGUCCUUAUGGCUCAUCAGGAAAUUCUGGGCCCAGGCAGAGAGCACAAGCUGCUGCUGACGGUCAUCACUCGCGUGGGCAUUGUGGUCUCGCUCGUCUGCUUGGCCAUGUGCAUCUUCACAUUCUGCUUCUUCCGCGGCCUGCAGAGUGACAGGAACACCAUCCACAAGAACCUUUGCAUUAACCUCUUCGUCGCCGAGCUCCUCUUCCUAAUUGGCCGCAGCGUGACAGAACUCAGGAUUGCUUGCGCCAUCAUUGCUGGCAUCCUGCAUUAUUUCUUCUUAUCCUCUUUUGCUUGGAUGUGUCUGGAAGGAGUUCAUCUCUAUCUCAUGCUCGUGGACAUCUUUGAGAGCGAAUAUUCACGAAAGAAAUAUUACUACAUUUCGGGCUACUUGUUUCCCGCCAUCGUCGUGGGCGUGUCGGCGGCCGUGGAUUACGGAAGCUAUGGAACAGAAAAGGCAUGCUGGCUGAGACUGGACAACCACUUCAUUUGGAGUUUUAUUGGACCUGUUACCUUCAUCAUUAUGCUUAAUCUCAUCUUCCUGGUCAUCACAAUGUACAAAAUGGUGAAGCACUCUACUUCAUUGAAACCAGACUCCAGCAGGUUGGAGAACAUAAAUAAUUAUCGCGUUUGUGAUGGCUACUAUAAUACCGAUUUGCCUGGCUAUGAAGAUAAUAAACCAUUUAUCAAGUCCUGGGUUCUAGGAGCGUUUGCCUUGCUGUGUCUGCUGGCUCUUACCUGCACCUUCAGUCUGCUAUUCAUCAAUAGCGAGUCGGUGGUGCUGGCCUAUCUCUUUACCAUUUUCAACACCUUCCAGGGCAUGUUCAUCUUCAUCUUCCACUGUCUGCUUCAGAAAAAAGUUCGUCGAGAGUACAGCAAAUGCCUCCGCCACACAUCUUGUUGCAGCAGCUUGCCAAGUGAGAGCUCCCACAGUUGCACAAAGACAGCAACAACAAGGACAAGUGCUCGCUACUCCUCUGGCACUCAGAGUCGAAUCAGAAGAAUGUGGAACGACACUGUAAGAAAACAAUCCGAAUCCUCCUUUAUCUCAGGGGACAUCAACAGCACAUCAACCCUCAACCAAGGAAUGACGGCCAAUUAUCUACUAACAAACCCUCUACUACGACCCCAAGGCACUAACAACCCGUACAAUACCUUACUGGCCGAAACGGUCGUAUGUAACACUCCUACGGCUCCUGUCUUUAACUCUCCAGCGACCUACAGAGAGACAAGACAGUCAAUGAACAGUGCCAGGGAUACAAGUGCAAUGGAUACUCUACCGCUAAAUGGUAACUUCAAUAAUAGCUACUCGCUUCAGAACGGGGACUACGGCAACGGUGGCAUCGGCCUAGACGAAGCCGCCUUCGAGAAGAUGAUCAUCUCCGACCUGGUGCAAAGCAACCUGAGGACAUGCGCCAAAAAACAGCGGCACGAGCCUCGUAUCUCCACUAGAAACGCCGUCUGUGGAGCGACCAGUAGCAAAGACGACACCACUGUAGUCGAAACUACAUCCUUGGUGCCCGUGGACAGCGAGAGCAGCCAUUUAAUGGUGGGGAGUCUGAGCUUGCACCAUCAGCACCACCACCACCACCAGCACCACCUGGAUGCCCCUCUCAUCCCCCAACGGACUCACUCGCUCCUGUAUUACACUCAGGAGAGAGCGAGAACCGAGCCCACAGCUACAAAACACAGUCUGCCGCCACCCACCACGGACUCCCUGUACUCCAGAGAGCUGAACCUGAGAGACUCGCCCUUAACCGAGGGCGGCCUCCAGACAGAACAACUCUCGCCCUCCAAACACAGCGAGGACGAGGACGCCUACUACAAGAGCAUGCCCGAUUUAGGAGCCGGCCAACAGCUGCACAGCUACUAUCAAAUGAGCAGGGGAAGCAGUGACGGUUAUAUAAUCCCCAUCCCCCAGUCCCCUAAAGAGGAGUGCGAGCCAGAGGUGGACGUACGGGAAGGACAGAUGCAGCUCAUCACGAGCCUUUAAUACGUUCUCUUUUGGAUUUUUUUCUUUUUUCUUUUUCUUCUUUUUUUUUUUUCGCAAAACAAUCAGCACCGUUUGCCACAAGGACACAAGGGUACUAGUGGGAGGGUUUAGAACAAGGUUCAUAACUUCAUCUCUCUUUGUCUUUCACUACUUUCCCCUCAGAAAUAUAGCUCUCCACUGUUUCGCUGACAUCCCCAAAGACGUGUAGAGCAGUGUGGCUGCAUGGCAGCGAGAUUCUGAAACGGUGCCGUUUUUUCUUGUAAAAACAAUCAGACGUGGGAUAUGACGGACAAGCCGAGUCUUAGAGCUGCCGGAGUCGACCGACUCGGGAACAAAAAGGAACGAUUUCACAUUAAAAAAAAAAAAAUUACAAAAAAAAAAAAGAGAAAAAAUAUACCAAAUAAUAGUAUUUCCUGUUUCAGCUUGUACAAUGUUUUGUCAGAGGUUGUACAUAGGGUCACAUAUUUUAAAUCCAGUUUUGUAUUAUAUACAAAAAUGGAGUUUCCAGCACGUAAGCAGAGUUGUGUACUAAGAUAUUCCUAAUGGAACUGUUUAUUUAGGAAAUUCAGUAGUCUGGAUCUACGGCCCCGUCUUUACAACGAGGAUCAGAUUGUGCUGUAUAACCACUAGCAAUCAAACCCCAGGCCUUAUCUUUUUCUCGGUUGUACAGUAAACCCAUCAAAGGAUAACGGCAUAAAAAUAUAUAUUUUGUUGUAUUUCAGGCAACCUUAACUAUAAGAAGGAAACAUUUUAAUGAAGACAUUAAUUAAGACAUCCAGAAGAGACUUGUGUGGAGGAGAGAAAAAAGAAAAAAAAAAUUGCACAUGUUAUAAGAAAAUGAUUUGUUCUUGCAGUUUAUUCAUCACGGCGUGUUUGGAUGAGGAUUAAGAUGAAAUGAGUGGACACAGAGCUUAGAGGGGUUGCUGACAUCAAAUUCUAUCUCGUUCAGGAAAAUGAGUUUGCUGCACCAAAGCAUCAGGCUUUAGGAGGAAAUUUGGAGGCUUUUUUUUUUCCUAGCCUUUAUUUAAAAGAUUCUCAGAGAAUCUGUCCAGGCAUGAAUGUCACUCGAGUCCGCAGUCAAACACACCAGGCUUUUCCAGACACAUUCUUCUAAAUAGAUUUCCGAUAUUUAUUUAUUAAAUUAUUCUCAACGAUA